GGGGGGGCAGCUCCCAGACCCCCGGAAGGAGAGGUGAGGCUUCCGCCCGCGUGCCUGCGUUGCCCAGCAAAGAGCUCCACGGAGCGUUUUUCCCGGUCAUGGCGGAGAGAAUUGAGCAGCGCAUUGAGGAUCGCAUCCCCGAAUUAGAGCAGCUGGAGCGAGUCGGGCUCUUCACUCGCAAGGAGAUCAAGGCAGUUAUUAAGAAGACCUCAGCCCUUGAAUAUAAAAUACAACGGAGAGCACUUCAUAAAGAAGAUUUUAUCAGUUAUAUUCAGUAUGAAAUCAAUCUAUUGGAAUUAAUUAAGAAAAGAAGAGCGCGCACUGGCUACUCAUUUAAGAAAGAUGAGAUUGAAUACUCCAUUGUGCAGAGAAUACAUGGCAUCUUCAAACGUGCCACAACAAAAUGGAAAGAUGAUGUUCAGCUGUGGUUAUCUCAUGUAGCAUUCUGCAAGAAAUGGAACAGGAAAGUACAGUUGAGCAAGGUGUUUUCUUCCAUGUUAGCCCUUCAUCCAAAUAAACCAGCUUUGUGGAUUAUGGCUGCAAAAUGGGAAAUGGAGGACCGCUUGUCAUCUGAAAAUGCUCGGCAGCUGUUCCUCCGUGCAUUGCGUUUCCACCCAGAGUGUCCCAAACUUUACCAAGAGUAUUUUAGAAUGGAGCUGAUGCAUGCUGAAAAGCAAAGGAAGGAGAAGAAAGAAUUUGAGCAAGCAAAGAUGGACAUGGACGUGUUCAAUUAUUCAGAGGACAUACUUAAUGGUGGAUUGGCUCAAAUAAUCUACAGAGAUGCCAUCAAAAAAAUCAAAGGUACAGAGUUUCUUCUCUUGCUGCUCUCAGUCGCAAAACUUUUUGAUUUUACACAAGAGCUUCAAAAAGAAAUUCUGGAAACCUUGCAGACAGAAUAUGCUAACGAUCCUCUUAUGUGGGAUUAUAUGGCACGGCGGGAGCUGGAAAUAGAAUCUCUGCCAUCAUCAGAACAUAUGCCUAAACAGUCAAAGGCACUGGAGGUGGCCCACAAAGAAGGACAGUGUUGCAAUGUAUUUGAGAAGGCAGUGACGUCCGUCCCCACAGAGGACAUGUGGAAACAUUAUGUUGCUUUUUGCUUGGAAAGAUUUAACCGGAAGACCAACAGUGAAGAGUUAAGGGGGAAGAGGCUGGAAAGGCUAUUAAGUGUCUUCAGUCGAGCUCAUGAAUUGCAAUUGUUGCCAGAUUCUCUCUAUAAACCCUGGCUUCAGCUCCUGCAAGAGCUUGACCUCCAACAGAAGGCCAAAGAAGUUGCAGCAGCAGCCACCAAACAUUUUAGCCAGAUGGUAGAAAUGUGGAAAAUGAGACUGCAGUUGCUCAUUGAGCUGAGCAGUGAUUGUGUGGCCUCUUGUUUCCAAGAAGCCUUUCAAGUAGUUAAAGCUAAGGACAGCUUGCCAUUAUGGAUUUUAUGGGUGGAAUGGAGUGAGAGAGUAAAUAGCAAGGAUGAAACUGAGGCUCUCUAUGAGAGAGCUUUACUUUCCACCCUUCCUGUUGAUUCUAUAACCAUGAAAGAAAAGUACCUUGAAUGGGCCUACAGGACUGGUGGCUAUAAGAAAGCAAAGAAGGUCUUCACCAGUUUGCAUGAAAGCCGCCCAUUUUCACUUGAGUUCUUCAAGAUGAUGAUUCAAAUAGAAAAAGAGCAAGAGUCAUGUAAAAUGUUAAACAUCCGAGAAUACUAUGAGCGUGCCUUGAGAGAGUUUGGUGCCACAGACCCCGAUCUUUGGCUAGAUUACAUCAGAAUGGAGCUGAAUCAUCCCCAAGGCAAACCUGAGAACUGUGGCAGUAUUCAUUGGAGAGCUAUGAAAGCUUUGGAGGGAGAACAAGUGGAGACUUUUAUUUCAAAGUACACGUUGCUGCAAACUGGACACCUAUGAAAAAUGUUAUUGGACAUAUCUCAGAAGACAAAUGCUGCAAACCAUACAAACUUUUUGUUUAUUUUUCUUUAACAUUUUGUAUACUUCUUCCAAAGGCAAAUAUAUAUUUAUGGGUCAGAAUGUG